CAAGGAAAAGCGCUCCUUAUGGUUAGGUUUCUUGUCAAUGUCGAGGCGUGAUGUCGCUCCUGGUGCGAAUGCUCAAGAAAUGAGUGAUGUGAACCAAAAUUUGUCCUACAGUUUUCGGUUGGGCAUUUCUAGCGACGUGGAGGAUACGCAAGCCUUUCGUCGAAACCAGACAUCACGAUGCAGCUCUACAGGUGUGCUGUCUUUCACUAAUGACGACUUACAUCCUGAUAUCUUACUGGACCAAGGCAUCGAAGGUUUUGACUAUGAUCCUGUUCAGAAUAAAAUAUUCACUGACGAAGGAGUACGAAGGGCGUCUUAUGGAAGCAUCUUUAGAGGAGCCUCGCUAAGGCAUUUAGUACUAUUCUUCAUAGGCGUGUUUACUGGACUUUCUGCCUGCGUAAUUGAUUACGCUAUUGAAAACAUCUCGAAGUAUAAGUAUAGAUCAGUUUCAUGGCUUAUCAGUCGUUACCCACAUUCUUUGUGGAUUUCUGUUCCAGGAUUUUUGUGGUGUGCAAUCAAUUCUUUCCUCACAGGUAUAGCAGCUACACUAGUCGUCUUUUUAGCUCCAGUUGCUUCUGGAAGCGGAAUCCCGCAAAUUAAAUGUUAUCUUAAUGGUCUUAAUGUUCCUCGUGUAAUGCGAUGCCUGACUAUGAUCGUAAAGGGUGUUGGUGUUAUUUUGGCGGUGUCUGGAGGUUUGGCUGUUGGAAAAGAGGGACCUAUGAUACAUAUUGGCUCGGUGAUUGCUGCAGGAUUAUCACAAGGGCGAUUGCGGUUUUUAAAAUAUUCCUUGGGUUGCUUGAAGAUUUUUAGAAAUGACCAAGAAAAACGUGAUUUUGUCAGUGCUGGUGCGGCUGCUGGGGUUGCAGCUGCUUUUGGAGCACCUGUAGGGGGUCUGUUAUUUGCCCUUGAAGAAGGCGCUAGUUUCGUUUAUCAAAGAUUAACAUGGACCAUACUCUUCGCAUCAAUGGUUUCGAUGUUUACUUUGGCUCUGUUCAAAUCACUGACUCGUACCCAUGUGUUCAAAUUUACUCCUGGUGGUCUUGUAAGCUUCGGUACCAUAGAAUCAUUAAACGAUUACAAUGCCUAUGAAAUUCUUAUGUUUUUACUAAUGGGUCUAAUUGGUGGAUUAUCUGGAGCAUUGUUUGUGAAAGCGAAUUCAGUCCUAACAAGAUAUAGACAAAAGAACAUUACAACAAAAUAUAACAAGAUUAUAGAAGCCAUUCUGGUCAGUUCGUUAACUACCACUUUAUGUUUUUCAAUAAUGUGGGCUGUUCGUGAUUGUAGUCCAUUAGCAUAUACUAGCAGUUCUUUCCCCCUCAAAAUGAUGUGUGCGGACAACGAGUUUAAUUCAAUUUCCUCACUGUUAUUUUCAACACCUGAAUGUUCUCUCCGAACUCUGCUUCACGAUCCUCCAAUGACAUACAGUAUUUCAGUGUUAAGCAUAUUUGUACUCGUAUACUAUUUCUUGGCCUGCAUUACAUAUGGUUUGUCUGUUCCUGCUGGUCUAUUCAUACCAUCUUUGUUGAUUGGUGCUGGCUGGGGUCGAAUCAUAGGACAUUUAAUGCAUACUAUUGAUCCAGUUCAUUUCUCCGAUCCCGGUAAAUUCGCACUGAUUGGAGCUGCUGCACAAUUAGGUGGUAUUGUUCGAACGACAUUAAGUUUAACAGUUAUUCUAAUGGAGGCAACAGGAAACGUAAUUGUUGGAUUACCUUUGCUAAUGACUUUGACUGUUGCUAAGUAUAUGGGUGAUUGUUUAAGCGAAGGGAUUUAUGAUGAACAUAUUGGAUUGAAUAGUAUGGCUUUACUUCCGUGGACACCGCAUUCUUUAUCUAUAACUAAGAGAGCUUAUGACCUGAUGUCUAAUCCAGUCGUGUUUUUAUAUCCUAUUAUGCGUGUUAGUGAAUUAGUUGAACGGGUUACAAAUAAUUUACAUCAUGGAUUUCCAGUUGUAGUGGGUUCCACAGAUUCAUCAAGAUUUUCAUAUGGUACUUUAGUUGGGAUGAUUUCUUCGGAGCAUUUAGCACUACUGUUGCAAAAACGGGCAUUUUUAUCUAAAGAUGGUAAUAUCGUAUAUUCAUUGACCUAUAAAGAUUAUGAUGAUGCUUAUCCAUCCUAUCCAAAGUUAGGUGAUGUUUUAGCUAAUUUGUCAUGUGAUGAUAUGGACGCCUACUUAGACUUGAGGCCAUACAUGUGUGAAGCACCAUACAGUGUCCCAGAGACUAUGACAAUGACUCGUGUUUACCAUCUUUUCCGUUUAUUGGGUCUCCGGCAUCUACCGGUUGUUGAUAGUCAAAAUCAAGUUCGUGGAAUCAUUACACGGAAAGAUUUAAGACGUUUCAAAUUCGAAUUUGUUAGCGGUGAAUAUCGUGUAGAAGAGUUGAUAUUUUCACGUAAAAUGUGAUCACUACUUAAGAUCUUUUCCCUUUUCUUCUUUUUUUUUAAAAAAAAAACAAACAAACAAAUAAACAUGAUUUUAAUUAUUUUCUUUGGAUCUGUUAUCAACAUUGUAUAUUUAUGCUCAUCAUCAGUAUUAACUAACCGGUUCUGAUUCUAUAUUAUUGUGAAUAAAACAUUUAUUGGAUUCACUGACUGACUAAUAAUAAUAAUAAUAACAAUUAUGAUUAUUAUUAUUAUUUUCACGUUAUUUACUUUUGUAUGUUUACCUAAUGAAUAUUAUCCUAUUAUUAUUUUGUUUACGGUGAUUUAUUCAUGAAUUCUUAAUUUUAUUAUUAUUAGCCAUUUCUUUUGUAUAAUUGUAUACUUUCAAAUUAAUGAAAUGAAUUAUUAUAUCGUUUAUAUAUUCCCCUCCGAGCACUACUAUAUUAAUACUGAAAUCACGAAUGUAAAAUUAUGUAUACAUAUUAAGUAAAUAAAUUUUAUGAUUAUUAUUAUUUUUUUUUAACGGUGUUAAUAUCUUUAGAAAUUUUCAGGUUGGGUUUGAAUGAAUUCAAUGAACUUUGAAUCAAUUUACUAAGAACAUAAAAAACAGAUUAUAUAAGAACCAUUAUUUUUCAAAAUCCAAUUACGAAAAAAACUCAAAAGUUCAGGCUUAGUUUAGAAAGUUAUUGAAUGAUUAUUUUUGUGUGUGAAGAGAAUCCAUGAUCAGUGAGUAGGAUUUCAUUGUGAGUGGCCCUAUACUGGUGGCCAUGUGAGAGUAUUCGUAGAUGGAGGACAGACGUUCCUCACCCUCAUCCAUUUCAGGGACUUUGCUUGUCGAAAGUAGAUGAAUAACAGCUGAGAACAGGUUGAUAAAGAUUUCAUAAAAUAUCUAUUCAAUUUAUAAUACACCGGUUGAUAAAGAUUAAUUCGUCAAAUUAGAUAAAUUCGAUGGUUUGGUUUCCUGAGUUGAAUUCCUUUGGCUACACAUUUGGUAACGUCGAAAUCAAAUGGCAGAGAUUCCCAGUGAGUAAUCAGAUCAUUAUUAGCUGAAUGAUGAACAAAUAUCCAGUUCAACGCCAAUUAUUUUUAGCAAAAUAUUUCAUUGACGUGAAAAAGAAAUAUGUGUACAGAAUAUUAAUGAAGCAAAUCAAACAGUUCGAAUGGAACACAUGGUUUAAAGAAUAUUGCAGGCUGUCGUUUGAAUCAAACAGAGUUAUGAAGGGGUGAAUUUUUAAGAUAUUAUAAAGCAUACCACUUAAAAUUGUUAUUCAUAAGUACAAUUUUCUUAUAUGGUUCAAUUAUUGAAUGCUGGAGAACACAGAUAUGGUGUGGAGGAUGCAAUAAGCCGAUCACUAUCCAAACGUUUCUCAUAACAUUAUCCGACUUGGCUUUUAAAAAGAGAAUGUAAAACAAUUGCUAGUUCGAUACAGUAGCAUUUAAUUAAUUGUGGACACAUCGCUCCAAAAGAUUUUUCUUUUGAAGUAAUCUACAGAGUCAAAGCAGAAACGAUUCGUCCAACCUCUCAUCCUUUCUUGGCCUUAAUUUCCUUAAUGAGUAUGUUUCUAGGUUGUUUUCUGCAUGUUUUCCUGCACUUUUAUUUGAUUAUUAUCGGAUUCUUUUUUAAAAUUUAUUAUUUUGCAAUUUUAAACUCAUUUAUUAUUACUUUAUACAAGUUUUCUUGAUUAUUAUUCAGUUUAGAUUAUUCUGACCUUUAUGUUUGUCGUUAUUUCUUCAUAUCCGUCAAUUAGAUUAUUAGCUGACCCAUAAACUAUUUUCUUCAUUACCUCCUGAUUAGUGCGUAACCUCAUUUGUUAUUUAGUCUUGAAUCCGUUUUUGUGAUGUAAUCUUUUCUAUCCUCCUAUAGACAUAUAUUUUCCAGAUAACUAUAUCUACGAAUGUACAGCUUAAGUAAAUGAUUUUGUCGAAAAGAGAAAAAUUGUCUUCGCUGAAUCCUCUUUUUCUUACUCAAUGACACUAUGCGUUAUUUUAAUUAUCUGAAUUAUUAUUAUUAUUAUCUAACUUCUCGACUGUUAAAUAUGACUACUUUUUUAUGUUGCUUAUAAAAAGCGGAAUUUAUUGCUGAUCAAAGUUUAUUCAAAACAUUUACAUAAUAUCAGCAGUUGAGAUCAUGAAUCGUUUGAAGCUAGACCACCAUGGAAAACCUGGAAGUACUGGACGGCCGUUGUUGUGGGACUCCCCUCGUGGAUGCGCUCUGCUGUGGAGUCCCACGACAGGACGAAACGGCCAUCCAGUGCUUCCAGGUUUUCCAUGGUGGUCUAGUUUCAACUGACUCAUGAUCUCAAUUGUUGAAAUUACAACAAUCUCCACAAAACCCAUUCCGAUACUAAUUUACAUAAUAUUUUAAAGUAAUUACGGAGAAGGCAACUUGUAUUUUUAUACAUUUUAACGGGUAAAGCUUGUAGGACAUUUAAAGAUAUUUGAAAUCACUGUAACCACAGAAAAUCAAAAUGCAUCAGUUGACCGUUUAGGUAUUGUUUAUUUCUUAACGGAAAUACAUACUCGCAAAUGCACAUGCUCAGCAUAGAUAGAUUUUUUCAGGGAUUAUUCAAUUUUUUAUUGCACUACUUAAAUACAUAUAUCACUUAUGUUAAAACACAUGAUUAAUAAAUUGUUCAAGAAAAAUUCAACAUCCUUACCCAUCAGGAAUCAUGUACUUUUAAUUUUUCAAAUAAAAAGAUACUGAAACACGAUUACAUUCAGGAGAUUCUUAAAGAUCAUUUCAGUACAAAAUUGUUAAACAUCAAUUAUGUUAAGCAGUUAAAGCUUUCAUGUUUAUCACAGUAGCUUUUGUACUAAGCAGAUAGAUAUGACUAAUUCAUUUAGGGAAGUUACAUAAAUUAAAACUAGUGGCAUACUGGUUUUAGUAUCGUGGACCUUCCAAUUAACCCAGUAUAUUUGUAUAAUCAGCAUUUUUCCCAAGAACUGUUGAUUAGCAGUCAUAAAUAAAAUGAGUGUUUAACUUAAUCUUAGUCUAAGUUACUAUAAUCAUAAGAAAAGCUAGUACUUUUAUUUGUUUAUUAUGUGUGUAAAAAACAAUGAUUUAUUUUGUCAAAGUCAUUUGACAAAAUGUGCUUCAUUAGAGUCAUUCAAUGGAAAGUAAGUUUUCAACUUCUACUCAAAGAAAAAGUUCGUAAGUAAGCAAUCUAUCUCAAGGAUCAGUAGAUCAUAUAUUAUUAUAUUACUUCUUUUAAGUGUAAAUAUCAUCCAAAUAAAUUAUUUUCAUUAUGUAACAAAAUAAGCUGAGUAGUAAACGUUACGCAGUCCACAUUCGCCUCUAAAUCUAAUCAGAUUUUAAUUAUUUAGAAUAUCUGAAGAAGAAGUUAGACAUUAACAUCGUUGGAUGCCGGCUCAGUGGACCAAUGGUUAAGCGCUUGCGCGCGAGACUGAUAUAUCCUGGGUUCGGAUCUCGUGGGGGCGGGGUCGUGGGUGGGCAAUGCUGAGGAGUCCCACACUAGGACGAAAUGGCCGUCUAGUGCUUCUAG